UACAUUUUGCAACCAGUGAAGCAAUAGCAGUGCCUAUCGUUUCGGAUUGAAUGUUAAGUGUAGUGAUAUGUGAAUUUUUAAUGAAGCCUGUGAAUAGUAGGGAAACAUACACACUGGAAUGUAAAUAGAUGUGUAGUAAUAUUGUAAAGUGGACUAUUGUUUCUAUGUUUGAUGCACGAACGAAACAUAACAUUAGGAAAAAAGUUUGUUUUUGCGGAUGGCAUCGUGAUUGGCGUGUUUUUGAUUGCGGAAAUGUUGUAUAAUAUGCCCCCCUAUGACCAAAUGGAUAUUCAUUGACUGUGCUAUUCGAAAUUAAGUUAUUUGGUCACCUUUUAGUAUACACACCCGUGGUUCCAAUGUUGAUGUACUCAAAAACACCGGAAAACAGAAGAUCCAAUAAAUGAGUGACAAGUAACCAAAGGGGAACAGUACGUAAGUGUUUCCCAAACAUCUCCUAGCGAACGAUGAGCUCAUUGGACGGUUUUGUUCCAUCAGGGACUGGCUCGAACGGCUUCGAUCGGAUCGGCAGUUGGUUGGUUGAUUUCGUCACGUUCGGACGCUAAUUUAGUGCUGCUGUGGAUACUCAAUAGUAUUGUGUGUGUUAUCAAGUGGUUUUUUAACUUUUGUGUUAGUAGCAAUCAGUUAACGUCAACAAUAUGUCAAAGUCGGACGAGUUGGAAGUCAGUAAGUUCCUGGACGAUAUCCAGACUCACUUCAAGCAGCAGCCGGUGAAAUUCAGACAAUUCCUUGAAAUACUCGAUAACUGCAACAAAGAACGGAAAAGAUGCGACGUUGGUGUAAAAGAAUCUCACGAUAUGAAGGCACACGAGCGGAUGGAGGAGCUGUUGGAGGGCGAGGAGGCUCUAUUGCGUGCAUUUGAUAACUUUUUCCCAUUCAAGACAAUCGACGAACCCCAACAACCAAGCACUUCUCGCCAGACGAAUACAGGCGCCACAUCGACUUUGGCGAAUUACACAACCGGUACUAAGGUAGGGGUUGAGCUGUUGCCACAAGCUAAAACCACAAACGGUCAACCGCUUAACGUGAAUUCAGCGAAUUCAAACAAUAAUAAAGGUUCGCGAGGUCCCAAAAUCCCGGAUGUGUCCAUAUUCGGAGGGACAUUCAGACACGAAUUUUUCGACAAAGUACAAGCGGUUCUGCAAUUGCCUCAAUUGUACCAUGAUUUUGUAGAACAAAUUGCGUUAUACAAUCGGGCGAUUGUCUCAAAGAAAGAGCUAAUGAGGAGGGCUUUGAUGUAUCUCCGACAGGCUCCAGAUCUGUUGAAGUGGUUCGAAGAGUUCAUAAGCGAAAGUGUCCCCCUACCGAAGCCCGACCGUUUUGGUCCAAGCUACUCUGCAUAUUUGAAAAAUCCAGAAAAGGACACGUGCUCUGGUCGAACAGCACUCUGCCGAGAGGUGCUGAAUGAGACCGUCUCACUGUCAGCGAGGCAGACGCUGUUCGCAGGGAGAAAAAGAACGGUUUUCGAGAAGAAAAUGCAUGAGUACGAGGACGAACGCUUUGAGCUGGAUUUUGUGAUCCAAAACAAUAAAGCUACGAUAGAACUCUUGAAGGAUAUCCACACGAAGCUGUGUUCGAUACCGUCAGCAGAGCUCAGUGACAUCUAUUUGGAUGAUUGUCUCGGUGGAAAAUCUUCUACGAUGAUAAAAAAAGCGCUGCGUAUGGUUUAUGGUGCGCAAACGGAAAAUGUGAUGCAAAAUCUGAACAUUAAUCCGUUCGGAACCAUCCCUGGUGUGUUGAAGAAGUUGCAGGAACAGGAGGCAGCGUGGCACGCUAAACAGGAGAUUUCCAACAAAAGGCUGCGGAAAUGUUACGCAGAUAAUCUCCUCAAAUCUCUUGAUCAUAAAGGAAUUGAUUUCAGAGCUGAAGACAGCAAGGCUCUGGGGUCGAAGAAGUUGAUCGACGAAAUCGAAACUCUGUUCAAAGAGCGUAAUGAGAAAUAUAUAGACCAAAGCUCUAUCAGUUCGAUCGGUGGACCUCACUUAAGUCUGCCAGCUAAGGGCUUGCCGAGACUCAACGACGCAGCCAAUUUGCUCUUUCAUCACAUAGAUCGGUACAAAAAAAUUCAGGAGCAUGAAAGAACCGCGAUUGCGGGAGUUUUCCAACAGGUUAUGCCAUUCCUUUUUUAUACUUCUCAUCCGACUCUUCGUUCGCCAGAGAAAAGUAGUGAUGAAGAAGGCAACAAUCCUACACCGAUGAAUAAGAACGAGGAAAAUAAUCCAGAGCAGGAAGACAGGUACACAAUUUUCUAUGCUGACGACAAAUGGUAUCUCUUUCUGCGGUACCACGCAAUCCUGUGCGAGCGGCUGCAAACGCUAUACGAACGGGCGAAGAUCAUUGCCGCCGGGUCUAAUCCGAAGAAGCCCAUCAACGCCGAAGCGCUCUAUUCCAGCUUUCUGGGAGUGAUACAAAUGAUGCUCGAGAAGAAAAUGACCCAGGAACAGUAUCAGGAUACCUUGCGCCAGAUUUUCAGCAUUCACGCCUAUAUUGCGUUCACACUGGAUAAGGUUAUCGAGAACGCUGUCCAGCAGUUGGCGCGCUGUGUCAAGGAUGAACACUCCUUCGAGUGCGCAAACCGAUUCAUUCACUGGCAAAUAUAUGGUGGUGCCGGCGGACUCUUGCUAACAGCGAAGCGCCGCGUGACGGGCGAACUGAGCUACCGACGGCAUACGAUGCGCGCUUUGAAGGACAAACACUGCUACGAAGUGUUCUCUUUCUCAAGUGAUCGUCGCGGAACAAUCGAGCUGUUGGAUGCCCAGACGGAUAUUAUAUCGCAGAGUUUCAGAAUUCAGAAGGCCAAAAAUUUCGGCAAUUCGGCUACCGUUACCCGGAACUGAAAUCGUAGAACAAUAGUUUGCACGAGUGAUUGCUAGUAUUUAGGUUAAGUUAGGACAAUUUUGGUUAGAUAUUUAGUUAGUAAAUAUAUGCCUAUUCGUUUGACAAUGAACGUGGUUUUAUUCAUCUUUAUUUU